AUGUGGCAGUUGUGCACAGACAAGAAAAUAAAAAUCUUCAAAACGUACCUGAAGAAAAAGCUCAAGGUGGAGGCGCACACCCUGGGGGAAUACGCGCUCCAGCACGACGAGAAGUUCCGGAGGAUAUUCUCCGCGAGCAUUUUAAAAGAACACGUCGUUGCCAAGAGGAAGAAGGACAAGCUGUUCAUCCUAAACGAAGUACUCAUAGACAAAACAUUUUUCCAAGAAGAUUUCUACUUUCAAUAUUUUUUGCAAAAUGUUUUGUUGCUAGAAGAUUUGACUUUAAAGAGACUGGAGGGAAACCACCAAGGGGACUUCCUCUUCAAAGAGAAAAAAAACGACAUCCUCAAUUGGAAACAGGGGUACAGUCAUAUAAAAAAAAAAUUAAAUGAAAAGGGAAUUGACCAGAAGAGUAAAAUCUACAAAAACUCCGUGCUGCUGUUUAACUCCACCAAAUUUUCCUAUCAAGAUAAAAACUGCUGUGAUUACUUUUACAGCUUGAAAGUUUGGGACAUUUUCUUUAAUUAUGUUUCUUUUGAAUUUUUAAAUUACCUCCUCUCCAAUACACUUAUCUUCAUAUCUGAUUUUUUUUUUCUUAACCUGAAUGAGAAGCCCCCUGUGCAGAAUUCCCUCCUUUUUGUAGUCAGCCACGUUGAGCUGAAGUAUGAUGACAGUAGGGAAGUGCAAGACGGGAUACUUUCCAAGAAGAGGAAGCUCCCAUACAAUGCAAAGCAGGUGAAGAUCCUUUACCAGAGGGACCAGCGUAGAUUCCCCCUUGAAAGAGCGCUUCUCAGCGAGGUAACCAGCGAAGUGGUGGGCUGCCACCCAGAGGGGGACCCCCCCCAAGGGGAGCCUCUCCCCUCGGAGAGAAACGGCAUUCCAGGGGACCUACAAAGGGAAGAUGCCCCAGUGGAGGGAUCCGCCAAACAAAAAUCCCAAUAUGUUGACAAAGCCGAUUGUGUAAAAGGCGCAAACAAGAGGAAGAUCAACCAGCGGGGCAGCGACGGAGAAGUCAUUUCAGGUGGGAAGCGCAAGAAGAAGAAAAUGACCCCAGACGACGCUUCAAAGGGGGGAAAACAAACAGACCGCUUAAAUUUUGCAAUGAAAAGGGAAGCGGCAAAAAGGGAGGGAUCCAUCCGUGCAGAUGACACACAAACGGAUGGACGGCAAUAUAAAUAUUUAUUCAAAAGGAAAAAACAAACGGUGAGGAGGAACGAAGUUAACUCGUACGUUAACCACCUCUACCUAGUCCAGUGCAGUGGGAGAAUCAUCAAAAAUGAGUUCCUCAAGGAGAUGAAGCAGAUGCAGAAGGAGAACGAGCAGGCGGAAGACACACACGGGGGCCACACCGAAAUGGACGUUUUGGAAAACGGGUCAGAGACAGCAAAAGGGGAGGAGCAAAACGCACAAAAAAAGCCACUCCCGCAGAUAAGCUUCUUCCCUGAUGAGAAACCCGAAAGGGAGCCUCCCAGCACCUGGAAGUGCAAAGCCCCGCAGGAGGAGAAGAAAAAGUGGAGCAAAAUAAUCAUCAAUCGAAAUAACAUCCUGCAGCAUAACACGACAAACAAGUACAAGAAUUUCCUCCUAAAUGAGAAGAUCCUUUUCGAAAAAAUUGAAAAUGUCCCCCUGUUCACCUACCACCUGCUGAAUUACAUUUUCAAGUCAGAUCAAAAGUACUUUUUCCACAACAACUUUAUUGAUGAGUAUAAACAUAAAAUUUCCAAGCAGAUCAAAUGCAACUCGAAGAAGAAUGACAUAUCGUUCCGUUUGCUAAGGAAGGAAGGCACCACAGCGUUGGCGGCGUUGGCGGCAUUGGCGGCACCCACAGCAUUGGCAGCACCCACAGCGUUAACCGCGUCGAACGCGAUAACCGCAUCAACCGCGUCGAACGCGCCCCUCUGCGGCAGGGGCAAAGACAAACGAAACGACAACGUGGCCGCCCGACUGAAAAAAACGAAGAUACUGAAACAUGUGUACGGCCACUUCGAACAGUUCAUCAGAAAUACCAGGCAGGCAAAUUUCGAUCAAUUGUAUAGCCAGUAUUUCCCAAAAAAUAAAAUGAAAAAUAAAAUUGGAAAAAUUUUUAAAACGAUCAAAUCGCGCAUUAUUCACAAAUAUAAAAUUUUAAAUAUACGGAGAAACAGAAAAUUUAUUAAACAAAAAAUGUAUGAUGUGUUUUUUAAAAAUUAUGACUUCCUUUCAUUUUCUUUUAAAACCUAUCAAGUUGUUAAUUUCAUCGUCCAUAUUACGAAGAAAUGUGUGCCCGUGAAACUUCUGGGCAGUCGCCACAAUUUUAAGGUCUUCAUAAAAAAUGUGAAAAAUUUCGUCCUACUUAAUUACAAAGAAAAUUUCACCAUGGACCAGAUGAUGAAGCACAUCAGGGUUAGAAGUGUCUUCCAGAAGGGGGCCCCCCACAUGCAGAUGAAAAAUGCUGAUGUAGGUGCACUGGGGGGGAGGGAAACCCAACUGGUGACCCCAGCACCUUCCACUCCCCUCCCUACACACACCCCUUAUGAAGAAGAAAAAACGUGGAAAUUAAAGAGGAGGAGAAAACAAGUAAGAUUCUUCGACCCGGAGAAAGACACCCCCCUGUUUGAGAUCCUUAGGAGGAAAUAUUUGAAGAAGAAGAAAAAAAUUAACAUAGCCCUUCUGAAGAGGCACUUUCUAAACAGACUCAUUUAUUUCCUCUUCAACUACCUCAUCAUGCCAGUAAUUAGAAAAUACUUUUUCCUCACCAAGUCGGAGCACACCAUUUACAGAACCAUUUUUUUUGACAGGAAAUUGUGGAGCUACUUUACCAAAAUUUCCAACUUUUGUCUCUACCACCAGAAUUUUCGCGGCAAGAAGUUGAAGCGCAGGGCCGAGUCGGGGGAGAAGGGGCGGACGCGCGGUGGGCACCUAAAGCGGGGGAAACUCCAGAAGGGUCGUACCCCAUCCAAAGGGAGACAACUAAAAAGUAGUAGCGUACGAAAAGGGGUGACCAAACAGGUAGGCAGAAGUGCCUCUCCCCGUGUGCUCCAAAUCAGGGGCAGACAAAUCGAGAAGGGGAAGAAGCGCCCACUAGCAGUGCCAAACGGGGGGGGGAAAAAAAGAGAGACGCGUAAAAGGGCCCCAAUACGAAGCGGAAAAAAAAAGGAAACCUUCCAAUCGGGGAAGAACACAAAACGGGGGAGGACCACCCCCCCCGAAACGAACAAACGCAUCGAAGACCUCUACCAAAUGACCACCCUCAGCAAAAAAACGGUCAGACCCUUCUUAACCAAGUUUUAUUACAAAGUGAAGAAGAAGUAUUUCUCCCUCAGGAAAAGGUACCUCCUGCAUGGGGCGAAAAUGACCCCCCUGGGGGCCCAACAAUUUGCACAAUAUGUGCAUUUUUCGGACCAGAAGAGACACCUGUUUAGAUUCAUUUGCAAGCGCUUUUUUAAGAAAACGAAAAGGAACUAUGUGAAGCGGUUUUACAGGCUGGUCAAGCGGGUUGAGAGAAGGAUGGGCAUCAAGCGCGUCGGCAGCGGGGAGGCAAAACGGGGGAGAGACGAAAGGGCAGCGAUGUGUGGGGAGACCAGCCCGCGGAGGGAACCACCCGAGAAGAGGGCGGAGAAGCAGACGGAGAAACGGGUGGAGAAACGGGCGAAGAAGAGGGCGAAAAAGACGGAGACUGCGAAGAGUGCGAAGAGCGCGAAGAAAACCCACGUGCACAAAAUAAAAAGCGUGAUAGAGAAGCGGAACUUCCUGCUGAAGCUGAAUGCCAUAAACCGCUUUUUCUCGAAGAGGCUAAGAAUCAACUGGGUGCCGAAGAAGAAAGGGCUGAGGCCGCUCAUAAACCUGUCCACGCUGAACAUCCCAGAGAGUGUAAAAAAUAGAAUCCGGGAAAUUUUAAAAAAUAAAAAAAGCAGCGAGUUUUACUUCCACACCAUACUGAAUAACAUGGAAAGAGAUAGCAAAGAGAAAAACUCGAGGAGAAAAAAAUACAACAGAAAAAACUUCAACCCUGUUUCUUUAAAUCACAUCUGCAACUUCUCUUUAAAGUGUCUGGGAAAUGUAAGAAAUAAUAACAGCGCUUUGUUUCGAAAUACGCUAACCAAGACAAACGAAACGGAAUUGAAGCUGAAGAAGUGGCUGGAUUAUUUGAAGAACUGGUUCUACCGGAAGAAGAAAAAUAAAAAAUAUAUAAAAAAUAAAUUAAAAAAAGGAAAAAUCAUCUAUGCAUACAUCUGCAUUGGGGACUUCUCCAAUUGCUACGAACACAUAAACCAUAAUUAUCUCUUCAAAAUGUUGAAGCAUUUUUUCCACGGAAUUACAAACUUUGAGUUUAUUUACGUUUUUAAAAGAUCCUUCCGUCUGUAUAACCACUAUAUGAAUAACUCCCUCCUGACCUACUACCCUGUGAAUGUGAAAGAGUUUGGCAUCAAUUGCAUUAAGAAUUUGCGAGAGCUCAUUGUAAAAUCUAAUUCGAAUAAGUGCCACGGCUUCCUACUGAGACAGUUCUUUAAGAACACCUCCUGCACCGACUUGUAUAUUUUUUCAGAUUCGUAUAAAAGCGUGCAGGUAGAAAUGAGGGACAUCUUCAUGACCAUCAUCACCAUCGUCAGGUACUACUACUUGAACAUUUAUUUCAGCAUCAAGGAAAUAAAAAUGAAGAGGAAAAAUAUUUUUUACUUUCAGCUCUUCCAGCAGGGGAAAAGGGAAGACGUCUAUCGCGCCUUGCGCAGCAGGGGGAAGCUCGACCAGUUGCGGCGCCUGCAGGGGGGAGCGGAAGUGGAAGCGGAAGUGGAAGCGGAAGCGGAAGCGAAAGCGGCGGAGAAAGCUGUGGAAGAGGGGGACCUUACGGAGAACCCCCUUGAGGGAGCCACCCAAAAAAUGGGCAGCACACCGCAAAGGGGGAGGGGGGCUUGCCCACCAGACGGGCGGGAUGCAAACGGGGCGAACUCGCUCGAAUGGGGGCAUCUUGCGAUAAGCGCUGCCACCACCGCUGCGGAACGUGACGAUGGUGAAGAUGUGAAGGGCAGCCCCGCUAAGUUACCGAGGCGGAACAAAGACCAACUGGUGGGGCGAAGGCCCGGGGGGAAUGGCGGCGAAACGGCCGCGCUGGCAAAAGGGGAAGGCGCGAGCAGAACUUGUUCGGAAGGGGCCGCCCAAAAUUGCGCCAAUAGGAGCGUUGCUAAUUACCCGGAUAGGAGCGUCGUCAAUUCUCCCUAUAAAAGCGCCUCUAACGGCGCCGCUAACAGCGCCUCUAACUGUGCCGCUAACAGCGCCUCUAACUGCGCCUCUAACUGUGCCGCUAACUGCGCCGCCAACUUCCUCGAUAGGACCCCCCGCACGCCCGCGGAAAAACACUUCCUCACUUUUCAAGACAAAAAAAUCAUCAGCGACAUUUGCGGACUACCGCAAGGGUUCAGCUUGUCCAACAUUUUGUGCUCCCUCUACUACGCCUAUCUGGACCGAAAUGAAGAUUUUCAAAAUGUGCUCUACUCGGAAAAGGGCCAGGGAAGAACGGCCUCCCCCCUUCCGCAAAAUGAAAAAGCAAAGGGGGUGAAUUACCAGAAUUUAAAUUCCCUGCUCAUCAGAUUUAUUGAUGACUUCCUCUUCAUAACUGUUAACAAGAGGAAUAUGAAGCGAUUUAAAAAGCUGCUGCUCACGAGGAAAAUCUGGGGGGGGAAUAUAAAUUCCUCCAAGACAAAGAUUUUCAAGCUCCCCCUUAUUUAUAGGAGUGACUUACUGUUGGAGAAUGUCUGGGGAGAGAGAGUUCCCUGCGGGGGAAAGAGGUACCAUGGGGAGCGGCAGAAGCGGCGGAAGCGCCCGACCCUGCCGCAGCAACCGUGCACAUCGGGGCAUCUUCCUACGCUGAGCACCGAGUGCGCCUCGCCGGACCCGUACUUGACGACCCCAAAGGGGCCAAAGGGGACCCCCUCGAGCAGCACGAUAACCGGCCAAAGAAGCAGCCAAAGAAGCGGCUCAGCAACCAGCGAAGUAACCGCCGCAGAACGGAAGAGGAAGCCACCCCCUGAGCGCAGCGAGACAGUGCCGAGCACCCCCCUGAGUGAGAACUUGGCAAGUCGCGCAAAGUGUAGCAUUGCCAGUGGAGAACCCCGAAUGGGGGUCACCCCACGAAGGGGGACCGUCCACAUGAAGAAGAAGAAAAAAGGGGGAGGAAAAAAGCUAACCGAGGCGCAAAUUGGCAAACUGAAGAAGGAGCUGCUCGAAAAAAGGAAAAGGUUAACGGGAAGAGCAUCCUUUAGAGGCAGGCAAAGGGUUAAGAAGUGCCUGAGGCGGUUGAAGCGGUUGUGGCGGAGGAAGCGGCGGACAAGCGCAAAAUCUGCGUGUGGAAACCUCCGUAGUGCUGCUCACCUCCGUGGUGCUGCUCACCUCCGUAGUGCUGCUCACCUCCGUAGUGCUGCUCACCUCCGUAGUGCUGCUCACCUCCGUAGUGCUGCUCACCUCCGUGGUGCUGCUCACCUCCGUAGUGCUGCUCACCUCCGUAGUGCUGCUUACCUCCGUAGUGCUGCUCACCUCCGUAGUGCUGCUUACCUCCGUGCCGCCGCCCCCCCCCGCGGAGUGACGCCGAUCGAAUGGCUGAACAACGCAUACACCUUUGACUUCGCCAACAACUGCGUGCACAGCACCUCGUGCCAGUGGAAGAACAAACAGGACGCGACGAUCAGGAACCACCUGCACCUUAACAAUGUCAUCGUAGAAAAGAACUCCCCAAUAAACUACAUGAAAUUUUUGGUGGAAAAUCGAAUCAUGCGAAAUGUCAUAUCGAAAAUGAAAAAAAAUAAAAUGAUCUACAGAAAUAAACAGAGUACCUACUUUGCGUAUAAAAAUAAUUUCCUCCUCCUAAAAACCUCCAUCUUAAAAUUCGUUUGCUCCAUUAAAACGCUGAAGAGAAUGUUUAAUGCCUUUUAUAACGAUUGCUACAACACGAGGUUUGUUUUUCAUUUAAUUUCCUAUUUGAGGAAGUCACUUAUAAAAAAUAGGAAAAUUAAAUUUGUCAAACUUUUUCUGGUUGAUACUGCCUUGGAGGCGCUGCGGUACGCUCGGGUGUUCAAUGCCAGCAGCCCGCUUUACCCCUGCCUCAGCCGCUUAGGAAGCAUCAGGAGGAGACUCAUUCAUCGGUACAGACGGAGGAACAAGCGGGACCACUUGCUUCAGUACUAUCGCCUGUUUGGCCUCCUCCGGGAGGAACUGCGCAGCACGUGGCCUUACAUGUUUAAAAUUCGGGGCGGCGCUUCCCCCUCAAGCGGUGAUGCAUAA